GAUAUUAAACGGCCAGUCAUUAUGGCUUGCAAAUUCCGUGUCUGUUUACAAUUCUUUGUUUAUUUUUUACUUUUACUGAUAAGACCUUUGAUAUAAAAACGGAACCAGCAUCGCCCUACUUCAGUUGUUAAAUUGUUGGCUCAGGAGAAGCGUGAAAAAUAAGAAAAUGAUUAUUAAUACUUGUCGGGUGCCUAUUUCAAGUGGCUCUUUUCAAAUUGUGAGAAAAGCUUCAGUCCAUGUCCAGUCUCAAGUUUAUUCCAAUGCAACUGAAGCUAAGCCGUAUAGCGAGAUACCACGUCCUGGGAAACUGGAGUUCAUGAGGGCAUUUAUGCCGGGCGGCGAGUUUUAUGACUAUUCUAUUGUGGAUUAUGCCACGGCGAUGCGGAACCGGUAUGGCGAUAUCUUCAUCAUACCGGGAAUGUUCGGUAAGAAGGACUGGGUCACCACAUUUAGCACAAAGGACAUCGAAAUGGUAUUCCGUAAUGAGGGAGUUUGGCCAAACCGCGACACCUUUGCUUCUCUGACCUAUUUUCGAAAGCACAUUAGACCGGAUAUUUACGGGGAAAGUGUGGGACUAGUCCUGUCACAAGAGGAGGAGUGGGGAAAACUGCGUUCUGCCCUAAAUCCGAUUUUUAUGCAACCUAAAGGGCUGAAGGCCUACUAUGAACCAUUAUCCAACAUCAACAAUGAGUUUAUCGAAAGAAUCAAAGAGAUACGAGAUGCGAAAACCCUGGAAGUUCCAGAAGAUUUUACGGAGGAAAUCAAUCGAUUGAUCUUUGAUUCCCUCGCUUUGGUGGCCUUUGAUCGGGAAAUGGGGUUGAUUCGAAGGAAUCGAAAUAAUCCAGAGGCACUUACCAUGUUCAAGAUGACAAGGGACAUCCUGAAGUAUGUUUUUAAGCUGGACAUGCAGCCUUCGCUGUGGCGAGUAUUUCCGACGCCCACCUACAAAAAAAUGAUGAAAUUGCUCAACGAAAGUGUGGAAGUGACCCAGAAAUGGCUGAAGGAGACCCAGGACACUCUGGAGGCGCGCCGACUGGCGGGAGGAGAGGUAAACAACAACAGCAUGCUGCAGCGGAUGAUGGCGGUGGAUCCAAAAAUGGCUACCAUUAUGAGCUUGGACAUACUGUUUGUCGGAGUGGAUGCCACUUCGAAUCUUCUAUCAGCCGUGCUUCUCUGUCUCGCCAAAAAUCCAGAAAAACAGGCGGAACUGAGAAAGGAGCUCCUGAAGAUCAUGCCCACCAAGGACACUUCCCUCAAUGAGGACACCAUGAAAGAUAUGCCUUACCUCAGGGCUGUGAUUAAGGAGGCUCUCCGGUAUUAUCCUAAUGGCUUGGGAAACUUGCGAACUAUUCCCACAGAUGUGACUCUCUCGGGAUAUAAUGUGCCCAAGGGCAGUAGCUUAGUCCUCGCCUUCAAUGUCCUUAUGCAGGACAAUAGCUAUUAUCCUGAGGCCGAUAAAUUCCUACCCGAACGUUGGCUCAGGAACCCAGAGUCUGGCAAGAAAACUCCAAUUAGUCCGUUUAGCUUCCUGCCCUUUGGAUUUGGACCUCGGAUGUGCAUUGGCAAGAGGUUGGUGGACUUGGAAGUGGAGACGAGUGUUGCCAAGCUGAUCAGGAAUUUCCAGGUGGAGUUCAAUUACGAUGCCAGUCGUCCGUACAGGACCUUCUUCCUAAUGGAGCCGGCCAUUCCUUUCCGGUUUAAGUUUACCGAUCUCGACAAUUAAAAAACGAUGAUUAAUUUUUGAAAUAAAAGAACAUUUAAAAGAAAUAACCUUUAAAGUGGUUUUAAGA